CCGGGACACUACAUAUUUUGGACAUUGCCGCAACCGAGGCCGUGACUCACGUUUCACAGAAAAGAAGUCAACUUUCUCGUUGCGUGGGAUACGCGCGUUUGCGUAACUUUCGUUAUAUUUUUAUCUCUGCUAUCAUGUUCCUCGAGUUUCUCUUCCUUCAUGCAAUGAACCUGAAAUUGUGCACCAUCCACGAGACAAGAGACUGAUUAUUUCAUCUUUGGUGUAUAAUGUAAUCUAUGCCAACAACUGUAUGCAAAAGGUUCUGUUCACUGUUAAAUUAAAUUGUUUAAUUUGUUUAUGAAUGAGAGUAUACAAAUAUAUUUAUACAAUGAGCGUCUAUCACCCAGGAUGAUUACAUUUUAUGCUUAAACAUGUUCAGUUCGAAAAUAUAUUCAUGAUAACAGGAUAUUCCAUGAAAAUGGUUUGUUAUAUGUGUAUUCCAAUGAUAAAGAACAGAUGAAAUCUAGAAUAAGCUGAUAAUGGCUGUAACAAUUUCGAGGAAAUGAGAACUCUGAAUAAUUCUGUGUAAACUAUUUGUUUGCACAGAUACAAUGUUUGUGGAAAUUUUAUAUUAGCAGAGGAAACAUAAACGGUCACUAUGAAUCCAAUUUAAAGAGGAAGAAGUUCUAAUUCAAGAUCCUUAUUAAUAUCAGAAAAUUAAAAUCACUGUUGUUCAUGCAAUUAAAUAAUUAUAAAAUCAAUGAAAAGAUAUGAAACCAAUAUUUGCAAACAUACAUUAUGCAAACAUUCAUACAAUUUUUCUGGAUUCCUUUCAUUCAAAGAAUAAUUAAUUACAUAUCUUUAAAAGUGCACGAACUGAGCCAAAAGUUAUGAAUAAUAUAAAAAACAAAAAAAAUAGUUUCUUAAACAUUAUAAGGAAGAAGACAAGAACUUGAUUGGGCCAAGUUAGAAAUUGAAGGAAGUGUGAUAAUACAGAAGAUUAGUUAUCUUAUAUUAAAAAAUUGAUGGAGGAGACAUUCUAUAAACUGUUCAGACAUAAAAAGGAAGAAUCAUACAAAAACAAUAGUCACAAAAAUAUUGGUGAAAGAAAAAGUAAUUAUACGACUGGAUCCACUCCUUGGAAUAACAGUAACAAUGGACAUUUAAUAAUAUCAUUAAAGGAGCAAGAAGACGGACUGAUGAAAUCAUAAAGAUGGAGAAAAAGGAGAAAAAGAAAAAGGCUGGGACCGCCAAUGGCAAAGCAGGUGCGAAACGUACACAAGGAAGUACAAGAGGACGGAGUGGACUGAGAGGUAGAGGUGCAAGAGUUAAACGUAAUAUUGGAACUACUAAAAAAGAACAGCCAUGGCAGGCUGGACAGAAUAAUAACAAUGUGCGUGGAGGUUUUGUGAGAAAACGGUACAAGAAAAACAAUGGUCUUACCAGAUCACGAAGCAAUUUAACAUUGAAUCAAAAGUCUAAUACGCGAGGGGCUUUCAAUGUUCGCCGUGGUCGAGGCAAUAGAUUUGGCCUGACUCGUAGUAGAAGUCGUACAAAUUUGACUUUUACUCAAGGAGGAUUUUUCACCAAUAACAAAACACCGUUGAAAAGGACAAAUAGUCUGCCGAAUUUACGAGACCCAACUUCGGUCCAUAAUCGGCUGGGAUAUCAAAGUCCUGCUCAAAUUGCUUAUCGAAAUCGUGUCAAAAGAGCAAAACAAUUAUUGUUACAAAGACAAAAUCAAAGAUUAUCUUUGCAAAAUCAGUUCAGAGUACCACAAGCAGGGAAGUCCUUAUUGUCGUUGCAACAAAGAAGCGCCAUAGAGAGAAGACAACAGAUUUUAACAUCUCAACGUCGUUUUACUACUGGCGGAUUGCGAUCAGAUCAAAUUGCCAGAGCACAGAGGCGUGCACAAUAUGAGCAGAAAUUGAUGAGACUAAAUUCUCCACGAUUAAGUACUAAUUCAAAUGUGAACUCCAUGUGUACGUUGGGAAAUGAAUAUACUCCUAGCACGCAUCAACGUCCGCUAGCUCUUGCACCGAGCCGAAACGAAAGCGCUGUAAACAGUUUGCGCCAGUUACCCAGAGGAACUGGACAGGAAUUUAGACAGGGUGUACAAAAUUCAAAUGUGGUCGUUCAGAUACAUCGUUUUAUUCGACAACCUACACGUAACAUCCCGUCAUUGGAUACCGGAGCAGACGUCGAUGAUCGUACCUUCAGUGAACUCAUGUACAGCAUAUCUUCGAACCUGGGCGUCACGAGAAGAACGUUAAACGAUAGAUUUAGUUCUUGAAUUUAACGAAAGAAUUUGUUUUGUAUUUAGAGUAUAAGACUGUUGAGGCCAGAGAUGAAAGUUUUAUGCUUAAAACAUAGAUACAACAAUUUUACAAAUUGUAUUAAUAUUUAAGUUGUGCCACGUGCAAAAGAAAGAAAUCUAAUUUCCUCGCA